AGUUCGCAUGCUAGUUCCCACAUACUGGAUUCAGGUUCAUUGGUUAUGGAGGCCUUGUGUACUAUGCAAUACAAAGAAAACUACAUUCAUGUGUCAACAUUUGCUGUUAUUGACAGGGAUAUACACAGAUCAUUGUGGAUUAUAAAUGAAAAUUCUGUUGAUUCACUUUUGUCCAAUAAUAACUUGACAUUCACAAAAUUUAUUCAAGUUGGACCUUUAAAAGCGACCACGUUACCGAACUGGAAUAGUGUUUUGAAGGAGAUGUAUUUUCGUAUUACUUUGAAUAUUGCAAAUAUAUGGGCAUUUGUUUUCGAAUACGAGUGUACCUUAUACAUCAGACUUAACUGGAGAGACGAACGUCUAGAUUAUUCACAUUUAGCCACAUAUGAUCACCUUACACUCACUGGCGAGGACAUUCGUAAAUACUGGAUACCAGAUUUAUACUUCCAUCACGCGAAAGAAGCAAGAUAUCAUCAAGUGUUUCGUACUAAUGAAUUAGUUUAUAUUGGACAGAAUGGAAGUGUAACAUAUUCAGCCAGAUUGACGAUUCUUUCCCACUGCCAACUGGUCUUGUAUUAUUACCCUUUUGACAAACAGAAUUGUGACAUUACCAUACAAAGCUAUGCAUCAGAGGCAGACGAUCUUAUUCUAGAAUGGGCAAAGAAAUAUCCGUUCAAAGUUCAAGGGACAGAAUAUAUUUCUAUCAUCGAUGAUUCUACUACAAGUACUUUCACUUCACCAUACCUUGAUCCUCUGGGAAAUUAUUCAACGCUUCAUGCGAACCUUCGAUUCAAAAGGGCACAUAAAAAAUUUGACGUCAUGUAUAUAGCUCCUCCAGUUAUCUUCUUUCUGGUGGCUUUUUUCUCAUUUUUACUCCUGGAGUUUGAUGACCUGAAGGCUCAGAUUCAUUCACGCCUACAAGUAUGCACUGGAAUGUUGGUUUCAACAAUAAUGUUGUGGGGCGGAAUUUACGCAAAACUUCCACCUGUAGCAGUAUUGGCGAAGCUGGACUUAUGGAUGCUUGCUCAUGUCAUUUUAAUAGCGAUUAUAAUUGUUUUUCAUUUGGUAUUAUUUCUCUUGGAAUGCUUUGUGAGUGACUACAGGAAACGAAUACAGUGCUUCGCUAUAGGGAUGUGUGUGAUUAUGCUUUUGGGGUACAUAUUCGUUGCUGUUUUUUAUACUUUGGAUUGGAAGGAGGGUUAACUCAUUGAUAACCGUUUUGUACAUCCGUUUGUUGUCAUUGAUAAGAACAUUUUUCUACCUGUUUCUGAUAACUGAAAAGACUCGUUCACAAAACCAUACAAUCGAAUUCUUAAUUAUUAUUUUGUGUUGACACUAACUAGUUCGAGUAGGAUGUUAUAUUGGAAAGAAGGUUGUUUUAGGCCAGGUUUCAGUUAAUUUAAAGAGGACAACUUGUUGAUCCGUAUAUGUCACAGAUGAAAUGUAUAACACGUGUGUGAUAUAUUCAACCGUAAAAUUGACAUCUGUCUAAUGUCUCAUAUUUGUCUGGUCAUUUUUCACAGAUUAAACCGAAACCAAUAAGUCAAAUACGUUGUGAGAUAAAAGUGCAUAAAACUACAAAUUAGACUUUUGUUACACGCAUACCAGGAAGGAGGUCGGAUCCCCGACCCCAAGACCCCCCACAGGAACCGGCCAUGCAAUUAUAUCAAGUUUACGCUGUUUGCAAUGAAUGCAUUUUUAUUGUCGCACGUGUGACUGGGACUUUCAUAGGUUAUCUACUGCAAGUCUGUGCUUAGCCUAGUAGAUUAGCAAUAUUUGCCAAUGUAGAAGAGCCGAUGUUAUACUAUUGUAGUAGACCUAUGUAAUUUUAAUAGACUUAUGCAUUUUGUGGUGAAUGUCAGGAAUUUGAGUCAUUAUAUAUGCCCAUUUUAUUGUGAUCUAUUUCCUACGUGCUCUGGUUUAAGAAUAAAAGUAUUGAGUCUGUUCAUGACAGGUAAUGAAAUCUGCAACACCUCUCACCGGCUCUCACUUAGCACCGGCUUAAGCGUAACUCUAUUACAUAUAUAUUCAAUGACUCCAUGAUCCUGAAGGAAAUAUAACAACAUUAAAAUUGUAUAAAUUAUACAAAUUAUGAAGACAUUCUUGUAAAAAGUGAAGAGACUCCUUAACAAAAAGUACAAUGCAUUUUUGGAAUCACUGAUUUAUGUUUUAUAUUGUCUUGUGUCUAAACUAUCUGGUAUACGUGAAAAAGGGGUCAUUUCUUAAAGGUGGUUGUUGUAGGUCACUUGUCAAUUAAUUUUGUGCGAUCAAGUGACAUAAUAUCUAGCACAAAUAUACAAUUAAGAAAAAUUCACGUGAUCAGAAUAAAUGUGUGUGUUCGGGUUUAACGUCUUUUUCAACAAUUUUCAGUCAUAUAAACUACGGUGUCUACUUGUAGCAGUGAGCACAAUGCCCAACUUUAUAGUGCUGCCUCACUGGAAUAUCACGCCGUAGACACGUGGCAUGAUACCCCACCCAGUCACAUUAUACUGACACCGGGCUGACCAGUCCUAGCACUAUCCUCUUAAUGCUGAGCGCCAAGCGAGGAAGCUACUAGUACCAUCUUUUACGUCUUUGGUAUGACGCGGCCGGGGAUCGAACCCACGACCUCUCACACUCGAAGCGGACGCUCUACCACUAGGCUACCGAGGCGGUAUUCAGAAUAAAUGACUUAUGAAACAGUACUACAGAAAACAUAAAAUUUAAGAAUGAAACAAGGUGGUGUUUUAACUCCCUCUUAAAUGAAUUUUCAUUUUGGAAAUAUAUGUUCUUGAAAAAUAUGUAUGAUGUAUCAAAACAAGUAAACUAGGCUUUCGGUAGAGGUAGCUGUGAUUAUACACAGAAAUCAUUAUUUUAUGUGUUAAGAAAUAAAGCAAUUGUUCUAGAUAUAAUUGAAAUAAUCAAUUAUAACUAUUGUCUGAACAUAUAAGGAAAAGUGACCACGCCCUCUUGUGGCCAUGUUUUUUUACAAAUCGGAAUAAUCUGAACAACCUCGGUAGAGGGUCACACAAGGACCAUUUGUGUAAAAUUAUUUUCAAAUCGGGCUUAGCCUAGCAGUUUCACAUAAGAAUAUUUUUGCACUAUAUGCAUAUAGGGAAAAUUAACCACGCCCUCUUGCAUCCACGUUUUUUUGACAAAUCUGAAUAAUUUGUACAACUUUGUAGAAGAUGACUACUUAAGGACCAUUUGGGUGAAUUUUUUUCAAAAUCCGACCAUAAGUUUAGGAGGAGAUGUCGUUUGAAGAUUUUCCACUUUUAGCUCUGGCGGUCCCUGUGUGCAACCAAGCGGCGCCGUUUGAAUAACUUUGGUAGAGGACCACCCAGGAAACAUCCACAAUAUGUUUCAUUAAAAUCCAUAAAGUUGUUUUGGUGGAUAUUUCGUUUAAACAGAAUUGUUGACGACAUACGACUUCAGGAACAACGGACGCCUGACAGAGGACGGACGCAGCGUGACCACAAUAGCUCAACAUGACACUUUGUGCUCAGGUGAGGUAAAAAGGAAAUGGAUAAAUGUUUGAAAUGUUUGUAUUUUAAAUAAUGCUUACUUUGAAAGACAGCACUCUUAGUAAUAUAUUACAAGUGUCUCACUGGCUUCUUCCAAUGUAUAUAAGGUAAAACUUCGUGGGUUUCCUUAAAAUGUUAGAGGGAAAGCAGAUGUAACAUAUUUACUUUACCUAAAUUGUCAAUACACCUUAAAUUGGUACCUUCCAAGUUAUUAUACUUACUCAUUUAUUCAAAUCCACAAAUGAAAAUUAAAUUGGCAUCAUUCCAAAAUAGUAUAUGAACCAAAUAAAAUAAGUUUUACUACAAAGGAGUUAAGUUGUAGUCUAUGCAACUGUCCAACUAGCUUUUAAAAUUGUAUACGAGUUUAAAAGCCUUUUAUUUCGUAUAUAUAGAGAAUAUUAGCUUACUGUCUUGUAAAUUUAAAUUUAUUAAAUGAGUCAAAGAAAAUAUAAAAGUCUAGGCCCUAGCCUAGACUUUUUACUUUUUUCAUAGACGAAAUAUAUUUAAAUUUAUAAGACAGUAACCUAAUGUCCUAUUUAUCCUAACUUCUGAUCAAAAAUCAUUUUUAAGUUAAAAUUCAAAAUUUACAACCAACUAGAUCCGAGUCUGUCUUGCAUAGAAAUCUGAAAAUUAAUACGCCCUCAAAAUUUAAAAUCCCAAAUAUUAUAAAAUAAAAAAGGGAAAAAACAAAUGCUAACCUUGUUUUGUUUUGAACCCGGCCUCUCUGUUCUGUUGAACAUAAAUGAAUAAUUUUAAUUCCGAAGUUCAGUUGCAAGUCGGAUACCCAUUCUCACUAAGCAAACGUUAGACGUGACUUAUACACACGCCAUAACGCCGCUUGACAGAAAAAAAUUACUGACCUGAUAAAGCAAAAUUUAUCACACCCCUUGAUUUUUGCCUUUUUGCCUGAAGGUAGGAUAAUAUACACACUAUUCUCAAUGGCAAAUUUCCAAAUAAAAUGUCCACACUAGAAAGUCUAUUUCAAAUUUCCUGUGUUGAAAUAGUGUAUUAAAUUCUGUAAUGUUCCAUUUUAUUCAUUGUAUUUUCAUUUAACACUUUCCAGAUUAAGACCUUUGCCAUUUAUUUUUAUA